GUCAGCAGACGUCAACAAAGUCAAUUCUCUGAAACAACCGUGUAUGUAGUUUUAACUUUAGAUUACCUUAUACGCCCACUUUAAUAUAGAUCUUGAGGACUGGUGGCAGGAUGCAGCUCUAGUGUGAUGCGGUCGGGUGUCUACCGCCUCCUGGGCAAGUGGCUGGGAGUGGCUGGUUACAUGGUCCAGUAUGGAUGCAUUGCUCACUGCACCCUCGAGUUUGUUGGAGACUUUGUCGUGUGUAAAGGCCCCUCAAUGGAACCAACUAUCUUCUCGGAGGAUGUUAUUCUUACUGAACAUUUAUCUGCCCGCUUGAACCGCAUCAGUAGAGGAGACGUCAUCAUAGCUCGCUCCCCUACCAACCCUCAUCACCACAUCUGCAAGCGGGUCACUGGCCUCGGCGGCGACAAAGUCAAGAAUGGAUUUAGGACUCAAAUUGUUCCCAAAGGACAUGUUUGGCUGGAGGGUGACAAUUCCAUGAAUUCUACCGAUUCUCGUAAUUUUGGAUCCGUGCCCUCUGGAUUAAUUCGUGGCCGAGCAGUUUGCAGGGUGUGGCCGUUAUCUGAGCUCGGAAAAUUGAGUUCUGUCCAAAAGUGGCAGGUUGAACGGUGAUGCAUUAGAACAUAAGUGGCAGGAUGAGUUUAUUGAGACAUGGCUUAAAAUGGGUAAAGGUGCAAUAUAAACUUGUUUUGUCACGUGUGUUUUUUUAGGAUGAGAUUUUUAUAAUAGUGUAUAAACAAAUCUGUUCUGGUCACUUAAGAUAGAUAACAUUAUGUGAGAAGUGUACAGUUUAUACAGUCGGCCCUUAACAUACGCGGGGGUUACGUAUCAGAGAUAGCCGUGGAUGUUAAAAAUCCGCGUAUAUGUGCUGCCCCCCCCCAAAAA